AUGCCCGAGAAUCCGGCCCGCCCGACUCGGGAACCCGCGGCCAAGGGCAAAUCCCGCAAGACAGAGCCAAGCACCGCGCCCAUUCGAAAACGCCGCAAGAGAACCGUCGUGAGCGGUGCUCCCGAUGAUUGCUUUGCAUGCGCCAAACGAGGGGCUCGGUGCGACCGGCGCCGGCCCUACUGCUCCCAGUGCCUCGAGAUGGGUCGUGAAUGCUCCGGAUACAAAACCACCUUGACAUGGGGAGUAGGUGUCGCGAGUCGAGGCAAGUUGCGAGGUCAGAAAUUGCCCGUCAUGGAGACCGAAGGAGAUUCAUCGGCGAGUGCCUCGAAAGGAGCGCAGCGCGCAGCUGCUUCGAGCAGCCAGAGUCCGCCCUCGUCGCAAAUACCUUCAAAUCUCGCUCCACUAUCUACUGCGGCGCCUCCUACGGGGAUGACUGCUCCCAUGCUGGAUCACACAGUGUUGAACUCAAUCGAGUCAGAUCCUCGGCAUCCACCCGCCAUGUCGACGGUUCCAGAUAUGUCCGCAAGCAUGUCGUGGGUUAUGGAUAUGCCCGAUCCACACACCUGGUCUAAUAUACCGGCGGCGCCACCUCAAAUAUCUGGGCUUCCUCUGCCCACUCGUCCAAUGGUCGCUAAUCGCUCUAGCCCCAGUAUCGCAUCGGAGGCUUCAAUGCACUACGCACCCACCCUAAGCCCUGAUGCCAGUUUCGCUGCUCCCAUUUGGCCAGUCGCCCGAAAUUGGCCCGUCACAAACGCGACAUCGCCAUCACAGGAUGCGGACGAGGAAUAUGAACGACGAGAUCCUCAACAUUCAAUACUGUGGGACUCGGGUCAUCGCCCGUCAUAUUCGCAGAUGCUCCUGGCAAGAUCUGUCGGGCGCACACCUCGUCUCCGGUACCUGAUCAGUUAUUUCGCCGAAGUCAUUGCCCCCAUGAUCGUCGCCUUCGAUACCCCUUCAAAUCCUUUCCGUAUUCAAAUCCUCCGUUUGGCUCAAGAUAGUCCCGCUUUACAAGAAGCGAUUGCAACCUUGGCGACGAGUAAUCUGCGUCAGCGUCGGGAACGAAAUCAUACAUCCACCGAGAGAACAUUGCCGGCACGCAUGUCCUCGAUGGCCCAUCGAGCGCUGACCGAUGAAGCAUUCCAAGAUCGAUAUGGUAUCUCGGUUCCUGAGGGCUAUGCCCGCGAAGAGAAUCAUCACCGUGGAAUGGCCGUCAAAGCCUUGAAUGCCGACCUGGCUGAUCCCCGCCGCAGAUUAUCAGACUCGGUAUUAGCAACGCUACUGAUUCUGUGUCUGUUUCAUGGUUGCGAUACUGGCGUGGCCGAGUUCCGGACGCAGUUCGCAGGAGUCACGCGACUACUUGCCAUUCGCAUGCGCCAUUCUCCUGUCAUAUCAGACGAUCUUAAAUGGUUUAUUCGCAUGUUCUCAUGGUUUGAUACCCUGACAGCGACCACGAAUGAUCGUGAUGUGCAGCUUCGCGGGAAAUGCUUGGAGAUUAGCUCGAUCACUGACGGAGAAUGGGGCCUCGAAAAUCUGGCUGGCUGCGAUGGUCGUUUGUUCAAGUUAAUCUCUCAGCUUGGUCGUCUAAAUCUGCUCAGCCAGGAUCAACAGCCGACCGAGUCUCGCCCUGCCGACGUAACCAUUCCCACCGCCUCUCUCCCUCCAAAUAUGGUGUUCCCUGGCUGGAACACCGUCACCGCAGGCACUGGCUCGGGGUCUAUAUCAGACCAGGGAUAUGGCACCUCAAUGCCAACUCCACCACAAAGCAGUGAUCAAGCCAGGAAACCGUCGUCUCCCGCAUUCUGGACUGAAUGGUACUCGCUACGACAACGCCUCGAAUCCUGGCGAUUUGAUCCACCUGCCCAAGCAUCAUUCCCAUCUCCACCCCUUUCCGCCUCCCAUCUAUCCUGGAAUCCACCCGCUUUUAUACCCGCCCCCGCAGCACCCUCGAUGCCAUAUCAAGUAGCUCCCGAGAACCUCCAGGAUAUCUACCAAAUCUCCGAGUGCUUCCGCCACGCCGCACUCCUCUACUGCGAACGACUCGCCGAACCCAGCCUCCCAUCCCGCCACCCGCGCAUCCAGCACCUAGUCCUCCUCGCCAUGCACUGCAUCUGCGCCGUCCAAUCCGACGUAUACCUCCUCUGGCCCCUCUUCAUUGUGGGCUCCGAGUGUGUCCAAGAAGACCAUCGGGCUGCCAUUCGUUCCCGCUGCAAGGAUAUCUCCAAGGACUCGGGCUUCGUAAAUAAUCUCUCCUGCCUGGAACUGCUGGAAAAGAUCUGGGCAGAUCACUCGGACGAGUCAUCUUACCCCGUGUACCCCUCUGAGAUGGGUCCCCCGCCACCACUGGAUGGUAGCGGUCGUCCGGCUCCGUCUCAGGCCUUCCGUUGGUCUCGCGUGAUGCAGGCGAAACGGGGUGAUGGGGAGUAUAUGGUGGUGUAA